AUGGCUGUGACAGUGGACAGGCUCCUUAUUGUUGUGACGAACUCUUUGGAUGGAAAUUUGGACUUAACCGUUAGUUGCAACAAUGUUGAAGCUGCACAUCGCCUUAUCAAACCUGGUCAAUACUUUGAAUGGAUUUAUACUGGUUAUGUUUCACCAAGCAAGCCACCAUUCCUUUGUUCCUUUCAAUGGAAAGGUGCCUCUCAGUCGUUUAAUAUGUACUAUCCGUUUUAUGAUAAUGAUUGCGAAGAGUGCCAUUGGUAUAUACAUCAAACUGGACCAUGUAGGGUGUAUUUUGGUGAUGAAGGCCAGCGUUCUCUUCGUUGCUCUAAAUGGAUUUAA